AUGUUUUCCACUCUAUCCCGCGUGGCCCCAGCCCCGUCGAGGAGCAUCCUCCAGCAUGCGUCACCUCAGAUUCCCAAAGUUGCCGUAUUGACGGGAGCUUCGCGAGCGCUUUCUUCCACCCCUCCUAGUCAGAAAGAGGUCACAUUGCUUCAAGACAAGAAAAAUGGAUUUGGAUUUGCACGGUCAAACCCCCGACCCCCGAAGCCACGGACGAAGGGUGUCACUGAAAUUAGAGGCCCAUACUAUACUGUGAUGGGUAAAAGAUACUUGGCGGACGUGCUUGAGACGAUGGGAACACAUGUCGACGGCUUAAAGUUUGCAGGAGGAUCAUUCUCUCUCUUUCCGGAGAAACCCUUGAGGGAACUGAUUGACCUUGCUCAUGACUACAAUGUCUAUGUCUCGACCGGCGGAUGGGCUGAACAUCUACUUACUCACCCUGACGCGAAUGCCGUCUUUGACAAAUAUCUUCGCAAGUGCAAGGACUUGGGAUUCGACGUGGUUGAGCUCUCGUCCGGCUUCCUGUCCUUCCCUGAAGACGACUGGCUCCGACUUGUUGACAAGGUUCACUCGUACAAGCUAAAGGCGAAGCCUGAAUUAGGAAUCCAGUUUGGUGCUGGUGGUGACACUCCGGCGUCUGGCUUGGAGGCGAUUGGCACUUCCGACCCGGCCAAGCUGGUGAACAUGGGGCGCAAGUUCCUUGACGCAGGUGUCGAGCGCCUGAUGAUUGAAUCGGAAGGGAUCACCGAGAACGUGCAGUCGUGGCGGACUGAUGUGGUGUCCAAGAUCAUGAAGGAACUUCCCCCAGAGCGCGUCAUGUUCGAGGCGGCAGAUCCCAAGGUGUACAACUGGUAUAUCCGGGAGUUUGGUAUUGAUGUGAAUCUGUUUGUGGAUCAUAGCCAGAUUGUGCAGUUGUCAUGCUUGCGCCAUGGAAUCUGGGGCACGGCCGAUACCUGGGGCAAGAUUGUGUCGUUCCGGCCAGAGUAA